AUGGCUAAGCACUUAAGCAAUACUAUCGAGAGCAGCAAGGGCGGCGCCUUCCACUUUUGGACUCCGGAGGAAGUCGAAGCUGUUCAACAGGCCAGAAAGAAGUUCCGUCAAAGACUCAGGAAUGUUCCUGAUUUAUAUGCUGAUCUCAUCGAUCCAGGACCUACAGCUGAAGAGGCUAUGAAGUAUCCCCGACCAGAAAAGUCCACACCUAAAAAGGAAGAAAGGAAAAAUAAUUUUGAUGAUGAGCUUCCAUAUAAUCAUACCACACUUGACCGAUUCAGCAAUUUGCCCACACCACGGCAAAAUUUGUAUGAGGCUAUCAAUGAUGCCCUAUUUAUUUUUCACCGCAAUUGCAACAUCAACAAUGUCUCAUACCCUGCCCGUGGCCAUCUAUUCCACAACAUGCUGAAAGGCGAAGCCUUAACAUUUUUCAGUACCGAAUAUCUGCAAGAGUGGGAAAGUGUUAGUUUACAACUCACUUUACAACAGCAUCCGGAUAUGUCGAAGGCGGACUGCUUUGAUGUUAUGCUACAAAACCUUCUCAAGAUCAAAAAGCUACUGCCUUCUGAUAUGCAAACUGAUAGCCAUCUACGACUUAAGAUGCAAGUUGCCUGCAAGAGUUAUCUGGAUAUUAACCAUGCUGUAUUAAAAGAUGUGUCGAAUUUCCGUGAGAUGACAUACAAUAUCUGGUCAUCAAUUCGACUACUAGAUUCUACCAAUACACUCUUCUCUACGCACAUUAACAACCCGGCAACUACCCACCUUCAACAAAGAUCCUCCAUACCUGGUACACCAAAUGACAAUGUCAACAAAACGUUUUGGACAGACCGCAAAUAUAAUAGUAAUAAGCCUUACCAUAGUGGGUAUAAUAAGGAUAAGCAACGCCGGACUAGGUGCUACGUAUGCAAAAAGCUUGGAUUUGUCUCUUAUAAUCAUACUGAUAGUGAGCGAGAGGAAGCUUUCCAAAAGUAUGCCAAUCAUCACGUCAAGAGGCAAGGAGGUGGACGUCCCUCCAAGGCCCACUAUUUCACAACCAUACAGUCGUCGACUGCACUGUUAGGGCAAAAGAUUGCAGAUGCCCUCAAUGAAUAUUCGACCCUGCAUGCAGAAACUGGUUCAAAACUGCAGCUACUACACUUCAGCCCCAGCCCUCACCCUAUUUUGCCCACUAGCUUUUUGCUAGAUCAAUAUUCAGCUAAUGUAUUUCAAGGUAUUAUACCUGAUGGCGGUGCAGCCGAAAUUUCAACAGCAGAUGAGGCACAAUUCGAAGAACUAUGUCAAAUAGAUCCUACUAUUAGCCUUGUACCCCCUCAAGAUAAAAGUAAUGUCCGAUUUGGCCAUGCAGCUGCCCAAAAACCGCUGGGUACAUGUAAGGAUUCCUCUUCCGAUCCUUUCUUUAGGUUAUAA